UCCGGCGGAAGCCCCUCCCUGUUAGCCGUUAGCCGCUUAGCUCAGUAGCCGGACGACCGGAGGAGUAAACCGGGAAACAGGAGAUAAAACCCCGGAGAAGAGAUCAAAACACCGAGCAGAGGAGGGAAUGAGCCCGGCGGAGGACGGCAGAGGACCGCGGUGACCGGACAGCGAGUCUGCCGCCGAAUCAACCCGCUGAACGCCUCAGCACAGAGAAGCCUGGAAAACACUGAACCUCCUCCAGACUCUCCUCCGCUGCUCCGCUGCUCCUCCACCUCCUCCUCCUCCAUCUCCUCCACCUCCUCCUCCAUCUCCUCCACCUCCUCCUCCAUCUCCUCCUCGGCUCUCCGUUUACCGGAGGAACCAGCCCCAGCACGGACACGCAGCCUGUGAACGACCAUGCAAUCAAUCCCCGCUCGCCCUCGCCGUUAGAGAGAGAGAGAGAGAGAGAGAGAGAGAGAGUGUGUGUGUGUGUGUAUGAUUGUGAGAGAGUGUGUGUGAUCCAGGAUGGGGUUCGGUCGGGAUCUGAGGAAUUCCCACGAGGGAUUAUUGAAGCUGCAGGACUGGGAGUUAAAGCUGCUGGAGACGGUGAAGCGUUUCAUGACACUGAGAGUGAAGAGCGAUAAAGAAUACGCCGCUCUGCUGCUCAGCAUGACUCAGCAAACGGAGAAACAGGAGGCUGCCGAUUACGUCAGCACUGUGAACAAGUCCUGGUCUCAGGUGGUUCGUCAGACUGAGGCGUUGGGUCGAGUCAUGAGGAGUCACGCCGAUGAUCUGAACUCUGGUCCUCUGCACCGUCUGGCCACGCUAAUCCGAGACAAGCAGCAGGUGAAGAAGAGCUACCAGAGUCUUCAUCAUCAGCUGGAGAGCCACAACCACAAGGUAACCAGGACUGACCUGGACAAACUGAAGGCGACGUAUCGUCAGCUGAGCCGCGACGCUAACAACGCCAAAGAGAAAUACCGAGAGGCGCUCGCUAAAGGCCGGGAGGCGGAGCGUGCUCGGGAACGUUAUGACAAAGCGACGGCGAAGCUUCACAACCUUCACAACCAGUACGUGUUGGCGGUGUGCGGCGCUCGAACGCAGCAGGACGAACACCGCCGCCGCGCCGCACCCGCUCUGCUCGACGCCCUGCAGAGGAUGCAGGAGGACAUGACGCUCGCCCUUAAAAGUAUCCUGGAGGAGUACUGUGAGAUCAGCAGUUUGUUGACGGAGGAGAUCGUUAAAGUUCAUCAGGAGAUCUCAGCAGCUGUCGAGCAGAUCGACCCGCUGGCAGAGUACCAACACUUCAUCGACGCCUACAGGUCUCCGGAGACUCCGGAGGCGAACGUGGAGUUCGAUGCGUCUCUUUUGGACGAGACGGACAACCUGCCGGCCAAUGAGAUCCUCUGGAACACGCUGACGGCCGACAGCCUGCAAGCCAUGUUGUCGUCUGCGACGGAGGAGCUGUCGUUGACUCAACAGAACCUGCAGACGAAGGAAGCGUUGGCCGACGACCUCGAUACCAAAAUCCAGACGAGUCAGCAGAGCGCCGAGAGGAAGAGCGACUGUGUCCUGCUGCUCAGUCAGAAACUCUCUCUCCUCGAGCUUCAUCACGCUGUUCAAUCCCUGCGCGGCUCCGAGGCCCGCCUCGCCUCCCAGAAGGCCCUGCUGGACGCCAAGAUGGCUGCCGCUGCCGCCUCGCCGCCCCCGCCGCCGCCUCCCCCCGCGCUGCCGUACGAGGACGACUCCCGCUCCGUUGGAUCCACUGAUAAAACGAAGGACAGGAGUUCUCGCUUCGACACUCUGCGUCACUCUCUGGCCGGUAUGAUUCGGUCUCCUAAAGCCAUGUUGGGCUCCUCCAGCUCGCAGUUCUUCGAUGUGAUCCCUACGUCAGAGCGCCCCCUGGCGGACCAGGAGUGGUAUCACGGCGCCAUCCCCCGCACUGAGGCUCAGGAGUUACUACGGCAACAGGGAGACUUCCUGGUGAGGGAGAGCCACGGUAAACCGGGCGAGUACGUCCUGUCGGUGUUUUCUGACGAGCAGAGACGACACUUCAUCAUCCAGUAUGCCGAUAGUCAGUACCGUUUUGAAGGGACGGGCUUCUCCACCAUCCCUCAGCUCAUCGAGCAUCAUUUCUCCACCAAACAAGUCAUCACCAAGAAGUCUGGAGUCGUGCUGCUCAACCCCGUCGUCAAGGAUAAGAAAUGGAUCCUGAACCAUGAGGACGUGGUGCUGGGGGAGCUGCUGGGAAAGGGUAACUUCGGCGAGGUCUUUAUAGGGACGCUGCAGCGUGACAAAAUGCCGGUCGCCGUCAAAACGUGUAAAGAAGAUUUACCUCCAGAGCUGAAGAUCAGGUUCCUGUCUGAGGCCAGGAUCCUGAAGCAGUACGACCACCCGAACAUCGUGAAGCUGAUUGGUGUUUGUACGCAGCGACAGCCGAUCUACAUCGUCAUGGAGCUGGUUCCUGGUGGAGACUUCCUGUCCUUUCUGAGGAAGAAGAAGGACGAGUUAAAGACGAAGCAGCUCGUUCGCUUCUCUGUCGAUGCUGCUGCCGGCAUGGCGUACCUGGAGAGUAAGAACUGUAUCCACAGGGACCUGGCGGCGAGGAACUGUCUGGUGGGCGAUGGCAGUGUGUUGAAGAUCAGUGAUUUUGGGAUGAGUCGUCAGGAGGACGAUGGUAUUUAUUCUUCAUCUGGACUCAAACAGAUUCCCAUCAAAUGGACCGCUCCAGAGGCUCUCAACUACGGUCGUUACAGCUCCGACAGCGAUGUGUGGAGUUAUGGGAUCCUGCUGUGGGAGACCUUCAGUCUGGGGGUGUGUCCUUAUCCUGGGAUGACCAAUCAGCAGGCCCGAGAGCAGGUGGAGAAAGGCUACAGGAUGGCGUGUCCUCAGCGUUGCCCUGAUGACGUGUACAAAGUGAUGCAGCGCUGCUGGCAGUACAACCCUGAAGACCGACCCAAGUUCUCUGAGCUGCAGCGAGACCUCGCCGCCAUCAAGAAGAAGUGAUGACAUCAUCACACGACCUCGCCGCCAUCAAGAAGAAGUGAUGACAUCAUCACACAACCUCGCCGCCAUCAAGAAGAAGUGAUGACAUCAUCGCACAACCUCGCCGCCAUCAAGAAGAAGUGAUGACAUCAUCGCACAACCUCGCCGCCAUCAAGAAGAAGUGAUGACAUAAUCACACGACCUCGCCGCCAUCAAGAAGAAGUGAUGACAUCAUCGCACGACCUUGCCACCAUCAAGAAGAUGUGAUGACAUCAUCACACGACCCUGCCACCAUCAAGAAGUGAUGACAUCAUCACACAACCUUGCCGCCAGCAAGAAGUGAUGACAUCAUUGCACAACCUUGCCGCCAGCAAAAGUGAUGACAUCAUCGCACAACCUCAACGCCGUUAAGAAGUAGUGAUGACAUCAUCGCAUGACCUUGCCGCAAUCAAGAAGAAGCGAUGACAUCAUCACACGACCUCACCACCAUUAAGCAGUGAUGACAUCAGAGACCACAGCAGAGUGUCAUCAGCAAAGAAGAAUUUGUUUUUGUUUGGAGGCGGGCGUGGUCAUCAGGUGGGCGUGGUCAUCAGGUCGGCGUGGUGCAGAAACGUCUUUUCAGGUAAAACCAGAAACCGUUUGGGCUGUUUGAAGUCACAACGAACACACUGAGCUACAACAUGUUAAACAUUUAACCACAGACGUGUUCGCUGCGUUCAGCUGCUGAUGUUUGAACUCGUUUAACUACAGCGUGACUCGACCGAACACUACCGACGGGUGGGAACGCCGUGUAGACGUUAGCUAGCUAUUUUAGCAUCUGUAAUACAUCAGAUAAGCUCAUAAUUCUCAGUCGACUGAAAACUGUAAAACCCUGUUGGUCAAACAGGAAGUUAAACGAGCAACUUAUGCAUCAAUGGUUGCAUAAAGGCCGGCCCACGCUGACAGAUGUUUCAAAUCUUACCAGAUGUGUAAGAUGUGAGAGAGCCCACUCAUAACCACGUCCUGUUAAAUCUAACAGUUUAGAGAAACAGCAACACCAAACUCUAACAGAUUCAUUCAUCAACAACAAGAGUCCCACUAAAGAACCCGUGAAUCUAAACCUCUGAGAUCAGACGUGACUUUAGUGAAAACAAACAUGGCCGACGACGGACAGGAAGUAUUAGAGAUGUUAGUUUUUACUUUGUUCUGAACAUUUAGGAAGGAUGGAUGGAUGAAGUCAUGGCGACAUGUUAAAUAAACACUAAUCAACAAGUUGCUCCUCCAUCUCUGAGCUCCAUCUCACUACUACUUUAUUUCUUCACGUUUAGCAUUAGCUCAUGCGUUAGCCGCGGCCGCCAUGACGGCGGUAGUUGUCCUUCCUUUUCUUCAGUCAGCUCGGUUCUCUAUUGGCUGUCCUUCUUUCCCACGUGACGGCGUCAUCGGCUGUCCUCGGGGUUCCCCCCACACACAACAGGAGAUCAUGUCUUAUGUUUACGCGCUGAACAUACGUCACACCACCUGUCACUACUGUAACCAUGGCAACAGCUUGAACACUAAAAACGUUUCCACCGCUGAGGACCAAUCAUCUGUUGACACUAAAUUAUUUUUUACAUCUUUACAGUUAGUUUCUAUUUUUAUUUAUUAUGUUUUUAUGAUUUUAAUGUUUCUGACAGCUCAACUGUCAAAAAAUGACAAACUGACCUUUAUUUUGAAAACCCGGCUGUCAGUCAUCACACAGACCACGCAAAAAAAUCAUCAAUGAAUAUUCCAUAUUUUUGUUUUGUUAUUUAAUAAUUUCGUCCUCGGAGAGAAAAGGUCUUUACACAGUUUUAUUUCCAGUGACGUUUAACGUAAAUAACAUUUUCGUUCGGUCUCCACAGUCGUCAGAAUAAAAGUCUGUCUGUAUCUGACGUUAACACACAGAGAGAGAAGAGUUAACAGACCGGGUGUACACACUAACAAUAAUCAGACUGAACGCUUCAUUAAAACUUCUGUUCAGCACGUUUGACUCAUUAAAUAUUGACAUUAAUUAUUUGUUUUUAUUGUGAAAAUCUUUUGUUUCCUGUCUGUUUAAAACGUUCUGCGGCUUGUUUAAAAACAAUUACAAAAUAAGCUAAAAAUGUAACGAUGCAACGUCAGACGUUACGCCAUGCCCUCCCCCCCCGGUCACGCUACCUGUCACUACUGUGACCAUGGCAACAGCUUGAACACUAAAAACGUUUCCACAUCUGAGGACCAAUCAGCUGUUAACACUAAACUGUUUUUACAUCUUUACAGUUAGUUUCUAUUUUUAUUUAUUAUGUUUUUAUGAUUUUAAUGUUUCUUCUCUGACAGCAGCUCAACUGUCAAAAAAUUACAAACUGACCUUUAUUCUGAAAAACCGUCAAUCAUCAUACAGACCACGCCCACUCUGACCUUUGUUUUGUUUUUUUAGGAAAUGUUUUUGACCAAUCAGUGAUUUAAAGUAUUUUGUUGUCAACUGAAAAAAUAACUAAAACAAGCAAAAAAAAUCUUUAUUUAAUUGAAAUUUAAGCAUUUUAUUAUUCAGUUUAUUAUCAUUAUUUUUAAACCAAAGUAAACAAAAAACAUUCUCCAAUGACGCAACUCCAAAACAAUUCUUAAAAAAAUUUAUAAAAAAAUCUUCAGCACUUACUCAGUAUGUUUCCUGGUUGUCAUGGAAACUGAAAUGAUGUUGGAUCACUUUAAAAUGUUUAAAAAAAAAAAAAAAAUGUUUAAUAUAAAUAUGUAUAAACUACAAAUAUCUGUGUAAAUGAAUCGUGAGUCCUGAUUGGUCAGAAUCACUUCCUGGACUGCGUGAGGGCGGAGCCUAAAUGUUGGUGAUGUCAGAGCUCCAGAGCGCCGCCUACUGUUCCUGUAAAUAAAUUCAAGAUGUUUUUACAGUUUGUUUUUCUGUUGUUUUUACAGUAUUCAAACACUAAUCGUCUGUUUGUCUUUUAUAUUUGUUUCUUUAUAAAAAAAUAUUAUCGUAGCAUUUAUUAUGAAAAUAAAACAAAUCAUAUGAACAAA